AUGGCUCAGGUGACCGGCAAGACACUUCCUCCAACACCCCCACCGCCGAUUUAUUCUCCUCCUCUUCUACGAACAACAAGCAGGGAGGCCUCUCCCGAGACGUCAAGGUCGCGGCUUGAGCACCCUCAGUCAUACCAGAGCAAUGAAUCUCCUGGCUCAAGACCUGCAAUCUUGACCGUGUCGCCGGAACUAGCAAGCAAUAUGGGCGCGGUUGCCGAGAUUCACGCCCCAGAGUCCGCCUUUAUCGAACAAAGGGAGACCAGAUCUCCGGUUCCGAUCAUUCAGACCGAGCAAUACUACGGCGACUCCAACCACCUAUCUUCCGCGCCGCAACACCUGAUAUCGAGAAAGCCUCUAGACGAGAGGAGUCGCAAUAUGGGAGAGGCGAAACACCGUCGGAUACUCUCAGAUAAUCCGCAGUUAGCCUUAUCAGACAAAGACGAUGAUUUUCAGAAUAGGUCAGCCAGGCACAUGUCUGCGUCCUUUGCCGAGAACGAGCAGCCUGUCGAGAACUUUGAGCCACUUCGAUACUUUCACCAGGGUCCGGCAGAUCAAGAUAUUCAGGCGCUAGAUAAACGGGCAUCAAAGCUGACUAUCGGCACUUUUCAGAGCGACGGGUCGGGUGCCAGCGAUCCCAACAAAACUCAGAGCCAAGCGGUAUAUGGCAUACGACAAAGCUAUUUGGGAAACAACCUGCAGCGACCAGACUCGACCGUAUCAGCUGGUUCUGAUCCACGAGGGCGAGGAAGCACACCACAUCUGUCACCUAUCAGGCCCUCCUCUCGAAAUUCUCGGUCUCCGGAUGCCCGCCCUUUGUCAUAUGUCGAUCUGCUCAAUGUUCCAUAUCCUCAGAAUGCACCAAGCGGUGCCGAGCACCUUGUAAAUGCAGGUCUUCGAACUGUUGUAGGCAACAAUGCUUCGUUGCUGUCCACACGAAAGACCCUGGAUAUGUACCGUGCAAACGUGAAGAAGACGAAUGACCCCUCGAUCCAAUACGAAUUUGCAGUCUUUAUGGUCGGAGCUGCGCAGGAAGAGGGACUGGAAGCGGACAUGGCGGACGAAGUCCAGCAUAAGUCCAAAACUUCGACGCGAGAUGAUCUUUUGAAAGAAGCCAAGACCAUACUGCAGAAGCUUAGUGACCGCUCAUACCCUUUUGCGCAAUAUUAUUUGGCCGAUGGAUUUGCAUCUGGACUGUUCAACAAGGGUCGAGAAGAUUGGGAGCGCGCCUUUCCACUUUUUCUGGCCGCAUCGAAACAUGGCCAUGCCGAAGCAGGAUAUCGGACAGCGCUAUGUUAUGAAUUUGGCUGGGGCUGCAGAGUCGAUCCGAUGAAGGCUGUCCAAUUUUACCAACACGCAGCCAGCAAAAACCACCCUGGAGCAAUGCUGCGACUGGGUAGGGCUUGUCUUACCGGUGAGAUGGGCUUGACCAAGAGAUACAGAGAGGGCAUCCGGUGGCUGAAAAGAGGAGCUGAAUCUGCCGAUCAUCAGUACAAUCAAGCACCUUUCGAUCUUGCCCAGCUUCACGAGUCAGGCUUCGGCCCAGAUGUUUUCAAAGACGAAGCGUACGCUGCUCAACUCUACACCAAAGCAGCAGACCUCGGCCACAUCGAGGCAAAUUUUCGGCUGGGAGAAGCAUAUGAGUUCGGCCAACUCAGUUGUCCGAAGGAUCCGGCGCUGAGUAUUCACUUCUACACCGGAGCCGCGGAGCAGAAUCACGCACCUUCUCAGAUGGCCUUGUGUGCGUGGUACAUGGUUGGCGUGGACAACGUGCUGGAGAAGGACGAGAGCGAAGCGUACGAGUGGGCCAAGCGAGCGGCUGAGAAUGGACUGGCAAAAGCACAGUACACUCUUGGUUACUUCACCGAGAUGGGCAUCGGAUGCCGUCGAGAUCCGCUAGAGGCCAAUGUAUGGUAUGUGCGGGCGGCCGACCAAGGGGAGGAGCGAGCUCGUCAUCGCAUACAGGCGAUCCAGGCGGCAUCGACGGGCGCCAACCCCAUAACCGCUGCUGCUGGACAGAGAGCAAAUGGGCAACUUGCAGCAGACAAGAAGAAGAAAUUCGGUCUGUUCUAG